AUGUAUGGGCUUUAUGGUGUAAUAGGUGAGGCAUCGCGGUCCACAACAUGGAAAGACCCUGAUACCCUAACGUUCGCUACUAUUAUAGAUCCUGUCCCGUCGACAGUUAAAAGCCCAUCCAACUUCCGUUCGAAAGACCAAGUUCUAAUGAUAAUGGGUGAUACCGGUAAACACAUCAGCUCGGCUUCGCGUAUAGCUCAUGUUCCACAGGAGCAAGAGUUGAUACUUAUUCAAUUUCACGAAGGGGACCCACGGGACCCAAUAAAUUUCUCUUAUCCGCAGAAGUGGGCCAUCACUCUGUUAUGUUGUGCAUUCGGUGGAAUCACAGCAGCUGCAUCGUCAUCAUAUUCGAUCAGUUAUGAGUCAAUGAUGAAGGACCUAAAUUGUACUCGACUUCAGGCGACUUUGGGACUGAGCUUGUACGCGAUAGGUUUCGGGAUUGUCCCUUUGAUCUCUUCGUCAUUCAGUGAGGAGUGCGGCAGACGACCUGUUUACAUCAUGUCGUCUGCUUUGUUUUUUCUCGCUGAAGUUAUGAAUGCAUUGGCACCAAACAUACAAACUGUAGUUGUGUCGCGUGCACUACAAGGGGUGUUUGCUGCAUGUGGUGCAUCGUUGAUUGGAGGUAGCAUUGCCGAUAUAUGGCAGCCACACGAGCGCGGACUGCCAAUGUCUCUGUUUGCAUUCUCAUCACUAUUCUCUUUCGGCCUCGGGUCAGCGUUUGGAGGGCUCAUUUCUGCCAGUCCGCACCUCGGAUGGCGGUGGGUGCAAUGGGUACAUGCCAUAUUCACUGGGGCAUUUGUGCUUAGCGUCAUCUUAGUGAUGAGCGAAACUCGUUCUUCAAUUAUUCUAGCCCAGAUUGCGAAGGACACCAGAAAGACAACUGGUGACCCCAGGUAUCGGUCCAGCGCUGAAAUUGGCCAACCAAGCAUGUCAUCUCUCAUUAAGACGUCGUGCACGCGGCCAUUGUAUCUUCUUUUCACAGAACCUGUUGUGCAAUGCUUUAGCCUUUGGAUCGGCUUCGUUUGGGGGGUUGUGUAUUGCUUGUUCGAUGUCGGAGCUAUCAUAGGUUUUUUGGCGAACAUGUAUCAGGAAACCUUGUACCGAAAAUACUUUCCGACAAAGGGUCAAGAAGCACGGUUAUACAUGCCAUGCGUCGCCGCUGUUGUCCUUCCCGUUUCGAUGCUCAUCUACGCAUGGACGGCAUCACCCAACAUUCCUUGGAUUGCGCCUCUGAUCGGGUUGACUGCAUUUAUGUCUGGCGUCCUCGUAAUAUUUCAAGUUUCAUGUUUGUAUCUCGCAGACUGCUAUGGUCCAUAUACCUCCUCGGCUCAGGCGGGACAGAGCCUGGCUCGAACCAAAGGAAACAUAAUGGCAUUGAUGUUCCCACUCUUCACACAGCAGAUGUUCGCUGGUAUGACAUAUAAGUGGGGACUGACACUCUGGGCACUGCUAUCGGUAGUGAUGGCACCAAUUCCAUGGAUCUUUUUCUUCCAUGGUUCAAAAAUUCGCUCUCGCAGUAAGGUCUCUCGCAAGAUUCUCGAGGCUGAACGGGGUGGCGACACAACUGUUGUUUCGAGUCCCACUGAGGAAAAAAGCAUGCAAGUGUGA